AUGGACACAUUUCUAGUCAAACUAGAGUUAACUUAUGUUGCAGUACAGUCAGUAUCUGGAGACGGGAACAUCUAUGCUCAAGGAGGAUCUAUAGGUGCAGAUCUUGGUACCUGGACAACAACAACAACUACCACAACAACAGUAGCUCCAGUAAAUGUGUCGGCAGUGGAUAACAGCACAAACUCCACAGACAGUGAUGAUGCAGGUUGGACAGGAGAGUCUGAUCCAGGAUGUCUAGGGGGUGGAGGUGCAGGAGGUCGUGUUGCAUUACAUCGUGCGGUAGACACUUUUUCUGGUGCAAUUCUUGCUCAUGGUGGCACAGGGUAUGAGUGUGGUGGUGCUGGCACAGUUCUUAGAAUGAACACCACAGAUAACACAAAGAAAUUGACUGUGGAUAAUGAGAAUGUAUGCACACCCCAGGAUUCUCGAGUGGAUUGGACACAACUGUCAGACACACACAGAGGACAACUUAGUUUCCACACAUGGCUGUUUGAUGAUCCUAACUCGCAUGAUCAUGUGUUUGAAGAGGUGCACUUGAGUGGACAAGCACAGUUAGCCUUGUACAGGAAAAAUGGUGAAACAUUCACACAAACUAUAACUGUUAAGAAAACAUCGGGAGACAAAAGUGCAAUGUGGCAUGUUGGCUCAUACCAAGACUUUACUGCACAACUGCCAGAUGAUAGUCCUGAACAACAGUUCGGAAUGCUUGUGUAUGAGGGAGGUGUCAUGCAGUCAGAACAAACGUACACAGUCACUGGUAUAUCCAUAGAAAAUGAAGGUUCCAUGCAAGGAGUUGAACAUCUUGUUAUAGGACCAAUGGGGAGAAUUACUCUGCGGCCUGACAGUAGUAGUGGUAACCUACCAGAGAUAGUGUUCACCUCUGUUACUGUGAAAGGAGGUGGAACUCUUGUUAUUGAAUCAGAAGGAAAUGGAAUGAAACUGGUUGGCACAGACUUCACUGUGGAGAGUGGAGGAACAGUUGAGGCUGAUAACAUGUACCUGGUAGCUGAUACAUUGACUGUAGAAGACUCUGCAUAUAUAAAGGCUGAUAAACUGGCCGUUCACUCAGACGGAGGCCAAGGUAAGGGAAUAAAUGGACGUGGAGCUGGACAUGGCGGUCAGGGCGGGAAAGCAACCAAUACAGGCACUGCCUCUAGUUCCAAUUCAACAACAACACCUGCAUAUGGAGGUGGCCUCUAUUAUGGAGAUGUUGUAACUCCUACCUCAGCUGGCAGUAGUGGAAUAUUCAAAGAUUUUACAAACGAUGUGGAGGUCAAAGGAGGAGGAAUUCUAAAGUUUGAUAUCACAACUAUUGCUAACAUUGAUGGUGUAAUCAGCUGUAAUGGUGAAGAUGGCACAUCUCUAGCUGGUGGUGCUAGUGCCGGAAGUAUAAUACUCAAUGCUCAUACAUUCAAUGGAAAAGGAAAGAUUUCUGCUAAUGGUGGUAAAGGGACAUCAACUACUGGGGGAGGAGCAGGUGGGAGAACAGCCAUAUCAUAUACAGACUCUGAGUUCACAGGCUCUUGGGAAGCAUUUGGCGGCAGUUCUUCACACAGCACAGGUGGUGCAGGAACCGUGUAUGUUAAUGCUAAUGGGAAGACCAAAUUGUUCAUUGACAAUAAAGAACCAUACUCCAUUGAGGGCACUAUACAAACCUUUGACCAGUCUGGGAUAGAGGACUAUGACAGUGGACGUGCAUGGAUUGUCUUCCCAGGUUCUGGUUCCCUCACUGUAGAUCAACUCUACCUAAAAAAUGGAGCCCAUCUUGCUUUGGAACCAGCUGAAAACCCAGCUGAUGCAGAAUACAUUUUCACCACAGAAGGUUUCUAUGGAGAUGGGUUUGUAGAAAGUCCGUGUAAACUUGGAACCAUUCAUGUUGGACCCCAUCAGACUUUUACUGUCAAGGCUGUAGACAGGUAUUUCCCAGCACAUGCUAUAGUGUAUGAGGAUGGUCUGCUGAAAACACCAUCUAAAUUGAAGUAUUUCAACUCGCGCAGUACGGUGUAUGGUACCGUCAGUGGAGUGACUGAACUUACUCUUACAAAAUCAACUCUAGACUUGAAGAGUACCAGUAGGACAGAGGGAAGUAAAACUGGUGGAAAGUAUUCAAUCUCCACCAUCAGCAUAAUGGCAGGAGGCAUCCUAAAGCUCAGUGAUGACAUACAGUAUCACUUAGACACAGACAACUUUUAUGUAGCUCCUUCUGGUCUUGUUGAAGCUGGUAAUUUGCUCUUAGAGACUCACACAGUCACCAUUGAAGAGGGAGGUGUCAUAGAUCUAAGCGAAAGAGGCAACAUGAAGUCUGGGCCAGGUUACUUGCCUAACUACGGUGCUGGUCAUAGUGGAGAAGGUGGGGGCUACUAUAACAGUUCCUAUGACAUAUAUGAGCGUGGAGCAGCCUAUGAUGACUUUAAGGAACCAGUGUUAGCUGGGUCUGGAGGAGAUACAGCAGCAGGUGGAGGUGUGAUCAAAAUACAGGCUUCUGAUACUGUUGACAUACAGGGAGAGAUCAAUGCUGAUGGUGGUAGUGCUACCUCUAUUGAUGCAGAUGGAAAUUCUGGUAAUUAUGGUGGUGCUUCUGGUGGCAGUAUUUGGAUAACAGCAAGUAACAAUGCCAGGAUUGGAGGCUUACUUCAUACCAAUGGUGGUUCAGCUACUAGCUCCGGAGGUGGGGGAGGUGGUUUUAUAGCUAUCUACUAUAGUAAUGGCUAUGUUGAUGACCGCUACAUCACAUCAUACGGAGGUUCCACACUGAAUGGUGAAACAGGUGCUGCUGGAGUUAUAUAUCUUGAAGAAAAUGGAAACACAAAGGCACUGAUCAAGACAGAUGAAGCCUCAGAUUGCCUGUCCACCAUGUCUGUUAACCCUGACUUAGCAAGUAUUGAACUGCACACAAUAGAAGUCAUGGGACGGGCGAAAGUAGGCUUCCUGAAACGAGAGACUACACCAGCUUUGAAUGCUCAUGUUGCAACAAUCAAAGGAAAUGAUCAAUCACUGAUAAGAAUUGAUCAAAAUGUAGAUUUGUUUUGGGGAACUAGAUUAGGCCAAGUAGAUGAAUUGAGAAUCAAUACAAAUAUUCUUGUAAAUGAAAAUGGAAAAAUUGAUCUUCCAAAGACAGUGAUCAUUGACAAAGGUUGGUCCCUAGAUGUUUGUGGAACAAUAUCUUCCAAUACAGAUGAGAUGACAGUGAGGGAAGGUGGUGCAUUGAGGAUGUCUCAUCCUGCCUCAGAUCUACAAAUUCAUACUCUUGUCAUUGACUACAAUGGAAAACUGGAAGGCUCAAGUUAUUGCGACACAACCACUAACAAGGUCACACUGCAGCUCACUUACUUCAACAAAACAAGUGAUUUCAGCCUAGAUACAAGUAAGUUUUCUUUGAGUGCAUCAAAAGAAGGAACAGUUUCACCAACAGGAACAACAAAUGCCGUAGACUCUGAAUGCCCUAGCAGCGGAUCUUUCACACUCAAGAGAAAUCAGUAUUGUACAUUAUCGACAGGCACACACACAUAUUCUACUAUCACAAUCAAUGCUGGAGCUGAGCUAAGAUUAGACGGAAGUAAAACAGGUUCAGGAACAACAACCAUCAAAGCUGCAAAUAUUUAUUUGAAUUUUGGUGGUUUAAUCACUGGUAUUGGUAAAGGGUUCAAGACUGGAGGGAGUGGGGCAGCUUCCUCAGGACAGGGUGCUACCCAUGGUGGUAGAGGUGUAGGUAACACAAAAUCUUUAUAUGGCUCAAUUACAGCACCUGUGACUUACGGCAGCAAUGGACCAAGUGCUACUGACUCCUCAGGCAGAGGUGGAGGACAAAUUAAGUUACAAGUAACAAAUACAAUAAACAUUGAUGGCACUAUUGACAUGAGUGCUGAUUCAGGAACUGGAGGAAGUGGUGGUUCUAUAUACAUCACAGCAAAGAAAAUAGAAGGAGAUGGUUACAUGUUAGCUGAAGGCAGUUCAGGAGGUGGAGGAGGAAGGAUAGCUGCUGAUGCUUCCAACACAUACUCCUAUACUGGAACUCUUUCUGCUGUUGGUGGAGAAGAUAGUUCUGGAAACAAAGGAUCUGCUGGUACUAUCUACCUGGAGUAUCCUGGAGUUGAGAAGGUGAUUAUAAGUGGUAACGGUACAGAAACAACACCAAUAAUCACAGACUAA